GUUGCCAGGUGUUCCGUGUCACCAUUAUAAUGGUCAGCAGGAGUGCCAGCCGGCAGCUGGGAGGCUUUGCUGCGGCCACACUAGCGUGGAUCCUUUGUAGCGUCUCUAUGAGCCUCCCUCAGUGGCGAGUAUGGUACUUCCAAGAACCAAUGGAUUCCAAGCCAAGCAUGACUUUAGUGGGGAUGUGGAGAACCUGCGUGUACCACGAGGAAAGAAAUUCCAAUAUUUUAAGAGCAUGUUACCAAUAUACCUACCAGGACACCUUCAUCCCUUUGGAUAUCCGCGUUGCUCAACAUCUGCUACUGAUCUCCAGCUUUCUCGGCAUGAUUUCGAUGGUCUCUGUCGUUGUUGCUCUUUGGAAAAUUUACACAGGAAGACUCUGGAAGAAAGCCACCUAUAAUCCAUUCUUCUUUCCAGGGAUUCUGAACAUCAUUGCUAGCAUCCUAGUCUUCCUUUCAAUCUUGUACAACUAUUUAUCCAUCAUUCACAAGGACGGGAUUGCCUUUCCCCCAUCUUUCCAUACACCUUCCUUACCGGAUACCCAGAAAGUUGGCAUUGCACUGGCAAUGGCAACUCUUUCUUCUGUCUUAUUUUUAGUGGGUGGCACAAUUUCCCUUUCUUUCACUCUUCCCCUGCAUUCCCAAAUCCACUACAAUAUUUAA